GUGUGCGUGCGCGCGCGUGUCUGCCUGCUCUGCUGUUGCUGCCCUUUGAUCCCUGCAUUAGUGUUAGUUAGGGGCUCGGAGACACACUUGCACCGAGAGCAGCCAUAGUCAAGACACGGCAACAACAACAGCGGCACCUCCUCCGCCUGUGUGUUCCCAUUCCCCCAACAAUACACUUUAAACCGAGCAAAGCCAGGUGCACGACCAAGUCCCUGCCAUCACUGGCGCCUCCAGUCUCAAUGGGAAAAACCUUUUUUCUUCUUAUCCCUAAACAAGGACGAGAAUGUGAUUAAAAACGGGGGAAAAUGCCAAGGAGGAAGCAGGAGCAACCCAAGCGCCUGCCUUCACAUGUGGACAGCAAUGAGGAAGGAGGGCCUGAUGGCACUGCUGUGGAGGAGGAAGGCUGGUUUGGGAACGCCUCUGACACGCGCUCAGAGUCGUCGUCUUUUGGAGACACCCAGGAUGAGGUCCUCCUGCCCAGGGGCUCCUCUCCCGACGAACGACCUGGAGUCAGCGCUGGGUCUGGGGAUCAUGACACCUGCGGAGGUGAGAGCUCGCUGGGUUGCCCCACGCCUGUCCAUCGUGCCUCUUUGGAACUUCUUGGACUGGAUGGAGGUGCAUUCUCGGCCCAGGACACGCUCUCGUCUGUGGUAUCGUCACUCUAUGGCGAGGCAGCAUCUCGAGCCCUGGGAAAGCCCCUCAGCAGCAACCUACGGCGCCUCCUAGAAGCUGGGUCGCUAAAACUCGACACCGGGGAGCUCCUGGGUCGGUCAUCCCGGGGAGGGGCUGGGAGCGACUCUCCUCCAAUAGGUCUAGCCCCACCUUUGACACUCUCUCCAUCUUCCCACCACGCCCAGCAGUUAAGUGCUCUUGCCCGAAAACUGGCCAGUAACAACAACAACAGUGGCUCAGCCUCACCGGCCUCCACAGCUCCUUCAGCCACCAACAUCAAGCAAGAGCCCCUAGACCCCUUUAACUCUGUCACCCCAAGCAACGGCAGUGGCUUUGUAUGGGCAGGUGUGGCAGAUAAGUGGCCCCCAGCCAGCUGCUCCACGCCCUGCGGCUCCAGCCUGUCCCCGGACUCUGCAAUCCAGAAGUUAAAAGCAGCAGCCAACGCUGUGCUUCAAGACAAGAACGCUGUGGCCUCCUCUUCAACGACAUCUUCCUCCUCAUCCACCUCUGCCUCAUCUGCAGUGCCCACCCUGGGUGGGGGUGGUCGAGGAGACGAUGUGGUGCGCUUCGAUGCCUUUAACUCUCCGUUUAGCCCGCAGUCAGCUAGCUCCACCCUCGCUGCGCUCUCCAAGAAAGUCAGUGAACGGAGCCAAGCCUCGUCAACGGGCAGUGCUGCUACGGACCACCAAGCAGCGAGUUCCUUCCUCUCACUUGUGUCUAUGACCUCCUCCGCUGCCUUGCUCAAAGAGGUGGCAGCCAGGGCAGCAGGAAACCUGCUGGCAGAGAAGAAAGACGGUUCCCCCUUGGCAACUACUGGGGUCCUCCAAGAGGACGUGAAGCCCCUGUUGGACAAGAACCAGAAAGCACCCACGCCCUCUACACCCAAUCAGAGCCUAGAGUUGCUGUUGCCCUCUCCUCCCAAGGGCAGAGGGAAGCCCAGCAACCAAGCAGGCUCUCCUGAGGAUGGUGGCAAACCAUUCCAGUGUCCUGUGUGUGGCCUGGUCAUCAAACGCAAGAGCUACUGGAAGAGACACAUGGUCAUCCACACAGGCUUGAAAAGCCAUCAGUGUCCGCUGUGUCCCUUCCGCUGUGCUCGCAAAGACAAUCUCAAGUCCCACAUGAAGGUACAUCAGCACCAGGACCGGGGUGAGACGUUUCAGUGCGAACUCUGUCCCUUUACCUCCUCCCGUCACUUCAGCCUGAAGCUUCACAUGCGCUGCCACCAGCACUUCCCACGCACAGACGUCAAGGUGAAAGAGGAGAUCACCACCGACACGGAGGGCGAGGGCUCCCUGAUGGGUGACGGCAGUUCCGCAGAGAUGAGAGCGACGGAGGUGUCCCCGCUGCACUCAGACGCUCAGCAGCAGACGUCCCCUCCAGUCGAGGCGUCCUCCAAUCACGUCCACAUCAAGGAGGAGCCCCAAGAGCGAGACCUGUCCGUGCUCUCCCCUUUCAGCAUCUGCAGGGACCGUGCCAGCAGCAGCGCCAACUCCCUGGACCUACCCGGAGUAGGGGUCGGAGUCGGCGUCAGAUCCAGUCCCAGCGCUCCGACCACAGCCUCCUUAUUCAGCCCUGACAUCACUACCAAAACGGCCACUGACCUGCUUAUGAAGCUUUCAGCGGCCAAUCAGAGGGAGACACUCAAAUCUCCGUUCCAACUGAAGGAAGAGCCCAAAGUGGAGGAAGCACUGAGCCCGAGACCAUCCUCCCAGUCCCAGAGCCAGAUCCAGCCAAGCUUCCCUACGACUUUCAGCCCAGACGGGCCAACGGUGGCUGCAGCAGCCACAGAUCGCCCAGGGUCGCUGAAACCAAGAGAAGGAAGCCCCAUGGCUAAGAACAGCUUGCUGAGCCAGGAUAUCAACGUUAAGGUCGCCUCUGAGCUGCUGAUUAAGCUUUCAGAGAACAACAAAGAUGCCCAAUACCAGAAGGUGAAGGUAAAGGCAGAACCCAUGGAGGUGGACCCGCCGCCUGCAGACCUCACCCCACCUGCCUCCCACAUGCUAGCCUUCAGCACUUUAGGGGCGAGUGAGAAGAGCGAGCCAAUGAGUAACCUCCACGAGACGUUGGCAUGCCCCCAGAAAGAUCUCUUCUCGCAAGACAUAUCGGUCAAAAUGGCCUCUGAACUAUUGUUUAAAUUGUCAGAAAAAGUCAGCAAAGCCAACAACCACAAAGACAGUAACAUGGUGGGGAUAAACAGUCCAUUUCUGGACGAGUGCUUCAGACAAUCACCCUUUAACUCGCGCUCCAAGAGCACUUCGCCCGCAGAGGCCAGCUCCUCUACCAGGGUACCAUUCAACGACUCGGAAAAGGAUGACGGAGAGCUGGGAAAUGGGAUCGCCCAGUGGAGAUUAAACGAACAGCUCUUCCCCUGUCCCAUUUGUGGCAAGGUGUUUGGUCGACAGCAGACCCUUUCCAGACACCUCUCCCUGCACACAGAAGAGAGGAAGUACAAGUGUCACCUGUGUCCUUAUGCAGCCAAGUGCAGGGCUAACCUCAAUCAGCACCUGACCAUCCACUCUGUCAAGCUGGUCAACACAGAUGCUGAGCAGAUUGUCAGCGCUGUUACAGCCGACUCCACCGAGCGCAAGAACUGCCCGUACUACUACAGCUGCCAUGUGUGUGGUUUCCAGACGGAGCUGAAUGCCCAGUUUGUCAGCCACAUGUCGCUCCAUGUGGACAAGGAGCAGUGGAUGUUCUCGCUCUGCUGCAGCGUCUGUGACUAUGUGUGCAUGGAGGAGACCGACAUGAGGAACCACAUCAGCACUGGGCACGCAGGUCUGAACUCGAGAAGUCCCCUCAGCGAGACCAAGAGCACCUCAUCCUCCCUCUCGGCCCUCAGCGACUCGCUCAACAGCUCGGAGGGCGGAGACCUCACCCACGGUAACGAAGAACUCAAGAGCCUGUUAGCCCCGCCCUCCUCCGCCGGCAGCCAGUCCAGCUCCGGAAGCCACUCGGGAUCGGGAACCGAGGACAAGUCUGACAAAGGUUUCGAGUGUGUCUUCUGCAAUUUUGUGUGCAAGACGCGCAGCAUGUACGAGCGCCACCUCCAGAUCCACCUCAUCACACGAAUGUUUGAGUGCGACGUUUGCCACAAGUUCCUCAAGACGCCCGAGCAGCUGCUGGAGCACAAGAAGUGCCACACCGUCCCCUCCGGAGGGCUCAAGUGCCCUUUUUGCAUCUACUCCACCAAUCGUCCAGCGGCCAUGGAGUGCCACCUUAAGACGCACUGUAAGAUGGAGUACCGCUGCCGCAUCUGCCAGGGACUGUGGCCCGACCAGGCCUCGCUGGAGGCCCACAUGCGCAGGCACCGCCUGGGCAACCACUACAAGUGUGAGCAGUGUGGCUACUUGUCCAAGACGGCCAAUAAGCUCAUCGAGCACGUGCGCGUGCACACGGGCGAGCGGCCCUUCCACUGCGACCGCUGCUCUUAUAGCUGCAAGCGCAAGGACAACCUCAACCUGCACAAGAAGCUGAAGCACGCGCCGCGCCAGACUUUCGGCUGCCAAGAGUGCCCUUUCACUACCACACACCCCUUCGUCUUCAGCCGCCACCUCAAGAAACACCAGAGCGGGGGAACGGGGGGGAUGGACGGAGCCUUAGGGGGAGGAGGAGGCGGAGGAGAAGAAGAGGAGGAAGACGAGGAGGCGGUAGGGGAGGAGCUGCCGAUGGAGGAGACGUCACCGGGUGGCUCGUCGUUGCAGAAGAGCCAGGAGAACUUCCUGUUUGGCGGCGGCGGUGGUAGCAGCAGCGGAGGCAGCGGGAGCAACAGCCCUCUCAUGAGCCUCACGGCAUCUCAGGCGCUUCAGUCCGUCGCGCUGUCGCUCACGCUGGGCAAGUCCCAGCAGCUGGACCCCGCCGGCCCCCGGCACGGUUUGGUUAGCGUCAACGGCGUUGGCGGCGCCACCCCAAGAAACCCCAGCGGAGCGCGCGUUGCCGGCAACGGCGGCAGCCCCUCCCUCUUCCUCCCUUCCUCCCGCCACAUGUUGGAGCAGUACAGGAACUGCGACCGGGCCCACCUCAUCCCCCUCACCACCCUGUUCACCCACAACAGCCGCUUCACAUUCCACUCCCAGCUCCACUCCAGAUGGCGGCCGGCCACGUCUCCUCUCCUCUUCUCCUCCAACUUGGCGUCCCCCUCCCGCUCUUCCCCCUCACCCUCCUCCCACAAACACUCCUUCCUGGCCUACCUGGGACUGAUGGAGAGGGCCAAGACUGUCUGACCUCACCCGCCUCUCCUCCUCCUCCCCCGCUUCCUCCUCCUUCCCGCUCUUUCCCCUCACUCCUCGGACGGUGGUGUGAAUGACACUUGACCACUGCGGCGGGAGCAACCCUUUUUUCCAAUCAGACCAGCAGAAUAAGCUGGACCAGAGAAAAAAAAGAAAAAAAAUAACAUUUAUAAGAGAAAAAGGCUGUACAUGCUAAAAUGCAUUUAUAUAAAAAAAGCUGCUUUUCUUAUCAGUUCUAUCAAUUGAAUUAUUACUACUUCAGCAUCAAUUACUACUCUCUUUACCUGUUUUUUUUUUUUUUUAAUAUUUUGUUUUUGUUUGUUGUUUUUUUUCCCCGUUUUUAAGCAUCUGAAUGACCUGGACCCAGCUGCAUUACCUGACGGAACUAACGUCUCUCACUUUUAUAGCUAAUUUUUCGUUAGUCGUUUCGAGGAGACAAAAAGACGAAAAACAAAACUCGCAAGUGCUACAAUUUUAGUGCAUUUUUGUCUAUCGCUAUUAUGCAUCGGAAUAGCAUGCCUGUUUCUGUGUUUCAAACUAGCUUUGACGUCAUUAGGAAGCGAAAUUCGAGAUAUCCUUGAAGUGUUAGCGGUGCAAUUGUGGACAGAACCAAUGAAACGGAAUGCUUUUCAAAAGCAACGCCUCAAACCACGCACUUACUUAUUUAUCAAUCUUGUACAUAGUUUUAUAGCCCUCCCCCUUCCCAUCUUUUGGUUUUUUUAGUUUGUUUGUAUUUUUUACUUUUAUUAUUAUUAUUCUUUAAAUUUCUGUUGUUUUCUUUUUGUUGUAUAAUGGUGAAACGGUAUUGUGCGUAGCUGCUGGCUGAUAUCGAUUCCAUCUCAGAGUUAAUAGUUAUUUCUAAGCUCAGAAAAAUAUAUAUAUAAGCUGUGACGAUGUAAAUAUGGAAAAUCCGACCUGUCAUCAAUCAAUCUAAAUAUGAAAUAUUGCAGAAAAAAAAGUUACAAACAUCCGUUCGUCUCUCCUGAGACGGGAUCGAUGUCAGAGCAGCGUCACAUGCAGAACUAUGUAUCACGCACCUAUACUUAGAAGAGAUAUGAGAUAACUGUUUUGUGGAGGUGACCCGCUCUCGGGUUUAGCGAGCUAGCCCGCAGCAGGCGUCACCGCAGGCCGAUUCAAUGGUGCUUUUUGGAGCUUUUGUAAUUUUUUUGUGUACAAAAAAAAAAGGAAGAAAAAAAACUGUUCCAAAAUGACUUGAAUGAAUGUAUUUUUGUUUAUGUACAUGGAGAAAAAAAAAAAAAAAGGCGAUACAGAAGUGUGAACAGUCAAGAGACGUCUCCAGUGCUGGUAAAGGCGGGGAAAGUUAGUGUUUGGUGGCCUUUCUGUGUCCUCGUUUAUUUUUAUUUUCAUUUUCAUUUUCAUUUUUUUGUCCUUUAUUUUCUUUAUUUUACUUUUUAACUGAGCCUUUUACAUCAUAAUAAAUCUUUUCUACUAGCAUUCGUAGAGAACCCGUGACGAGGCAAAGCUCCUGUAGGUGCCACGAUGAAGCCAAGCCGGGCCUCUGUUAGGCCGGCAGACACGGUACUGCUUUUAGUCCCCCCGCCUCCUUCCCUCGUGUCAACCUUUUGAGUUUUAAUUGCACUUACUUUAGUUACACUUCAAGCCAAAAGCACUUAAACCUUUUAUUUUACACCCCUCUCCCCCCCUCUUUUUUUUAAGUGCAAACUUAGAUCCACCAAGUUAGCAUAAUGUGAAGUAGGCAGUAGUUGCUGGAAAUGACUCAAUCCAACACCCCUUAGUUUCACAUUUAGACGUUUCUGGCGGUGCAAAAGGGUCUGCCUCUGUGAAAUCAGAGAAAGCAAAUGAAUACAAAUUGCAUGAAUUAGACAGUAGAGGUCAAGCUCCCCCUGGGAACUAAAGGUCCCAGGCUAAAUUGUGAUAGCCAAUUUUGCACAGUGCUGCACUUUUUGAUUAUGAGACUAUGUAUUUAUCCACAAGAAUGCUCGAAAACAAGUCUUUUUUUUUGUUUGUUUUUUUUUGCAAAAUGGAGCGGCACAAAAAAAGAGCUUUACCCGUCAUCGAUCGCGUUUGUGUUUCCUAAGUGGUCUUUAAGCCAAAAUCCCUUAUUUGUAAAGGGAUUGUUUUCCCUUAUUAUUUCCAUGUGUCUGUUUUUACUUGUGCAUUUUCUUUUUAAAAGAAAUGAAUUAUUGUUGCAUGUUUAUUUUGUUUUUUUUACUUCGCUUAUGUAAGGUAAAAACAAAAAAAGAAGAACGCAUCGAUUGGACAGAGAACGUAAAUUGUCAAGACCAAAUUGUAACUCGUGGCAGGACGUGAUGUUAGGAUGGAAUCCGUCACGUCCUGCUCUGGAGUGAUGCCUCGAUUGUCUCCCCCCCCCCCCCUUCUUCUUCGUUUUUUAAAUUCCCGUUUGUUCCUUUUUGUUCUGUCGACGUCUGGCAUGCUGUCUCUGGAGUAAAGGGAGCAUCUCUCCAGCACACACACAGACACACACACACACACACUUUCGUUGUACUAUCUAUGUUAUCUUUUAUACUCUAGUGCCACUUGGUGGAAGGAAACCACCUGAGACUUCUGAGAAUGAGUCAAACUAAUUGUCAGGGUCCAAUAGAGGAAAAAAAACAGAGAUAAAUAAUAAAAGAAAAAGAAUGUGUCUCCUCUUGACACCUUUUUAAAAUGUCUGCCUUUUUAAUACAGCGUAAUCAUGAAUGGCUGCACUUCUUUACGUCCUCGCCCCUCCCUGUCUCCCCCCUUUAGUUUGAGUGUAAUAUUUAAAAAGGCAACAGGGCUCUCUCCUUUUGAAACCCAGUACUCUUAAGCACUUAUUCUCUUUAUUUUGCCCAACUGUAAGCAGCACAGUGACCUUUUUUUUUUUUUCUUUUUUUUAAUGCUUGACUACCUUUUUGAGCACUUCAGAGUAUGCAUGACAUUGUCCUCUAGUUCUUUAGCACUUAAUUGUGUUUCAAACUAACUCCCCCUCGGUUGCAUUUAGUUAGCAUCACACUGCACUGUCUGCAAUCAGUUAGCUUUAAGUUUGGCUGUAUUUUAUGAUUAGAAAAGGCUCAACUAUCUUAACUUUUGGCACUCGGUAAAGAUUGGUAUGUGCUGUACAAAGCUUUUUUUUUAUUACUCCAUUGUUAAGGCUGUACAGGGUUGUGAUGAUAACUGGUAAAUAGAUCAUUUGUACUUUUUUCCCCUUUUUUUUUGGUUUUGUAUUUGUUUUUCUUUGUUUGGCAUUAUUUUAUGUUCAACUUGCCAGAUCUAAAUGUAACAGGAUUUGAAAGUAAAGCU